GCGCGGGCUGCGGGCGGCCCCGGGGCGCGGAGCCCGCAGCGGAGCCCAGGCCGGGCCGCGCAGCGCCAUGAAGGGCAAGGAGGAGAAGGAGGGCGGCGGCCGGCUAGGCGGUGGCAGCCCGGACAAGAGCCCGAGCGCGCAGGAGCUGAAGGAGCAGGGCAACCGCCUGUUCGUGGGCCGCAAGUACCCGGAGGCGGCGGCCUGCUAUGGGCGCGCCAUCGGGCGCAGGGCUCAUGGGGACUUGCAGGGGGCCGGGCACGGGCUGCCUCCUCACGAGCCGCCGUCCGCAGACGCGGAACCCGCUGGUGGCCGUGUACUACACCAACCGCGCGCUGUGCUACCUCAAGAUGCAGCAGCUGGAGCCUGCGCUGGCCGACUGCCGCCGUGCGCUGGAGUUGGACGCACAGUCGGUGAAGGCGCACUUCUUCCUGGGCCAGUGCCAGCUGGAGAUGGAGAGCUACGAUGAGGCCAUCGCCAACCUGCAGCGAGCCUACAGUCUCGCCAAGGAGCAGCGCCUUAACUUUGGCGACGACAUCCCCAGCGCCCUCCGCGUCGCCAAGAAGAAGCGCUGGAACAGCAUUGAGGAGCGGCGCGUGCAGCAGGAGAGCGAGCUGCAUGCCUACCUGGCCAGGCUCAUCGCGGCCGAGCGUGACAGGGAGCUGCAGGAGUGCCAGCGCAACCACGAGGGCGAAGACGACGAUGGCCAUGUCCGCGCCCAGCAGGCCUGCAUCGAGGCCAAACACGACAAAUACAUGGCUGACAUGGAGGAGCUCUUCUCCCAAGUGGACGAGAAGCGGAAGAAGCGCGACAUCCCGGACUAUCUGUGUGGCAAGAUCAGCUUCGAGCUGAUGCGGGAGCCGUGCAUCACGCCCAGUGGCAUCACCUAUGACCGCAAGGACAUUGAGGAGCACCUGCAGCGUGUGGGCCACUUUGACCCGGUGACCCGGAGCCCCCUGACCCAGGAGCAGCUCAUCCCCAACCUGGCCAUGAAGGAGGUCAUUGACGCCUUCAUCUCGGAGAACGGCUGGGUGGAGGACUACUGAGCGGCCCCAACCUGCUGCCGCUGCUGGGGCCUGGGGCAGGAGGACUACUGAGCGGCCCCAACCUGCUGCCGCUGCUGGGGCCUGGGGCAGGGGGGUGGGAGGGUGGAGGCUG